GUAUUCCCAUUCUUAUGGGAUACGGUUCUCAACAAAGAGUCGAUGAACAGCAAUGCAUCUCAACCUUCACAACAGCUGCUGCCACUGCCACCAACAUCACAAAUUCAACCAUCAGUAACCCCAGAGAUAUUCUCAUCUUCACAAACUUCACCAUUUAAAAACAAUGGAACGAAAACGUCAACUAAUAUUUCAGACCCUUCAGCAUCUUGGAGUAAUACUGCAGGUUUUCUAAUUAGUUUUGGUACCAUUCGCCUACUUGAAACGACAAAGCCAUCAUCACUGACGCGGCCGCUAACAGCAGCAACAUCUAAAACUUCUUCACCAGCAACAUUGUCUACAGCAUCUACCAGUCGGCCAUCCCAAUUGCCUGGUGAUACAGCAAAUGGUGAUCAUGAGUUGAAAUGUCGUUCCUGCCAUAAUCAUGUAAAGGAUUGUUGUCGGCAAAGUGUACUUGCUGCUUUAGGCCAUAAAUCAACCGAUGCCAUCCAGAAGGGGUCGCAGUAACUUUGCGUUAGAGCUUAGAGUCUAAUGGCGACCGGAACUCACACCUGACAAGAGCACAAGAAAUCAACUACAAAUUAAAUGAUGCUUCAAUUAAGGAAAUUAAAGGGCCUCUUGCCUUCAAUAGGCAAAAGAGCUAAUUGUCAUAUAUUCAUAUUAAUUAUUGGCAUUUUGUUUUU